CUUCCGUGAAAAAAUCCUUGUGUGACGUCACAGUGAAAAGAAGAACAAGUUCGAAACCGUAAGAUGACUGGAACCGCGGUCACGUGAUACCACCGCUUAAGACUAAUACAGCUGCUAAUUAAACAAACUAACCACAAGAAAAAUGCAUUGUACCGGAUUACCAAUCUUCAUUCUGCUUUCAUUAUCCCUACAAGUCGUGCUGGCAGGUACAGCUUACGACUACACCGACGAUUACAACAGCGACUACGUUGAUGAUUAUAAGUUAGAAGAGAACGAUACACCGAGUUACAUUUGUCCCGGUGAACAUAUUUACAUUGAGAUUUCACUUUUGUGCGAUGGGUUUGAAGACUGCUUAGAUGGAAUGGAUGAAAACGUGGAAAUUUGCAAAAUUUACGGACGAACGACAACUGAAUCGCCAUCACCCAUGAUCCACACUGCCCCACCAACUACUGCCGAUCCAUUAGAUUACUUUGACUAUGGGAACUGUGAGGCUGGAACUUACCAGUGCCCUAGCUACCCAGGACUCUGCCUUGUCAGUGAGACUCUCUGUGACGGAAGAGCCGACUGUCCUGGCGGGGAAGACGAAAUGAACUGCCACGAGCGACUUUCCACCACAAAUUCUGCGCCGACGGAAUCAAAUGACGUUACUACCGUUGCUAAGCAACCAACAAACACAACGUUGGAAUCAAGCUCAGCGCCUAAAGUGGCCACGACGCCAAAGCCAACCGGGUCAACGAGUGUAUUGCUGAUCGUUGGUUUACUUAGCGGAACAGCGACGAUGGAAACUCAAUCAACCGUUGCAACUUUACUUGUUCACCAGCCAACCGUCACUAAACCGAACAACGACAGCGUAAACGCAAGCUCCCCUGACGUAUCGUCGACAUUUUCAGAUGACAUCACCUCAACUGUUACGGUGGCACCAACUGUCGCCGAGUCAACAGCGGCGGAAUUUACUGAUGACGUCACCACAGAAAACGUGACGUCACCGCAGACCACUCACGCCGUAACCGAACCCUCAACGUCACGCGUCGACGUUGCUACAAAGCCGGACGUGGUGAUUUCAGAGAAAUGUAUUCCGGAGAUUGAAUACGAGUGCAGGUCAACCAGGGGCGACUGCGUGCCACGGGCAUUGCUGUGUGAUGGUUACAUUGAUUGUUCGGACGGAUCUGAUGAAAUAGGAUGCGAAUGUGAUUUGAACGAGUUUCGUUGCGUCAGCGGGCGCUGCAUUAGCGCCACCUAUCGGUGUGAUGGGUACAACGAUUGCGGCGAUUACAGCGAUGAACUACUCGGCUGCAAAAAUCUUCCUCGGUUCGGACGUAUACGUGACGUAACCACUUCUAUGACGUCAAUUGCUGUGACGUCAAAAAUAGAAUCAACCUCUAAUAAAGUACCACUGGUUGAGACAACUAACAACAUCCAUACUUCUGCUGAAAAUUUAAAGCCAGAAAGAGUUGACGGUUCAACUUGUGAAGUAAACGUUUGUAUCAACGAAGGCGUGUGUAAACUGCAAAAGGAUUACGGCUUCAUCUGCUUGUGUCCACUGGAAUAUACUGGUCAGUUUUGUGAAAAAUUAUGCCAACCUGGAAUGGAGUGUUAUAAAAGAAACAGCGCAAGCAGAUCCACCUGUUCUUCAAUGUUUAGAAGCUGUAUCUUCUUUUUAAUAUCGACUUUUGUUGCCAAAAUCUUGUCCAUUUAGUUCCAAUGCAAGACUGUGGACUCUAUAACGCCACAGUAAAUGCCGCCUGCGAGAAAGCAGGAAAACGCAGAAAGUCCAAGGGAAAGGACAUUCAAGAUCAAUGCACUGUACAGCAAAUACUGUUACAAAGUUAGGGUACUGAUCACCCAGCACUUACACUACCUGUUCAACUGCACCAUUUUAACGUUCCUAAAGUCUCUUGGUGCCAAUGCCAGUAGGCAAAUGUAAUUAAUUCUCUAUGCAAUAAUGCUGUGAGCUGUGAUGCCUUUUAUUUUUAUUUUUCUGUUAAUUUAUUGUGCGUUCUGCUCAUUUUAAGAAAUUGCAUAUUGCAAGGUAACAAUUGACGAAUGAAACUUUAUUGCAAGCACUGGGUUGAGCCACCUUUUUUUAUCGUAACGACCGAACUUCACAACAUUUUACCUUACUACCUCCCACCAAUGUACACAUUAGGCUUUUUGCCAUAUCAUAUUGCUAUCACGUAAGAUCAAACUCUUUGGUAAGAUUUAAAUUCAUAUAAUGAAAUUUUGCAUCCGAAAUUGUUAUAUAGCGUAUAUUUUUGAUUCGUCCGGUUUCUAAAUCAAGUUCCUGACCGAUUUUUACUUUUAAUUAUUAUUUUAAACCAUCCUUGAUUUUACAUUGUGUGCAAUACAAUUGAAACCGUACGUA